CAAGUAAGCGUAAAAAUUGGUUUUAAUGGCGAGCGCAAACACAAAUGCAGAACCGACCAAGGCCACUAAAGUGUUUCUAGUAUGGCGCUAAUCCACCCACGCAUCAUAUUUUAAUAUUGAACACACAUAUUCAUGGUGUGUAACUCACAUAUAUAUGUCUCACAAAACUUAGCAACUGUGCUCGUUACAAUAUUCUUCGCCCUUGCCCGCUUUUAUAACGUUUGCUUUCACAUCGGAAGUCGCGAUCUAAAGCAUAAUUAUUUUUAUUACUGACAUAUUCCAUCUUAUAAUAUAUUUUCGUUUUUUGUGUGUUGUUGAAUAAUAUCAAACAAACGAUAUCAAUAUUCUUCGGUAGAUGAAGCAUCUGUUACAACGAUGGAGGAAAAUGACAACGAAAAACCAUGUUAUCAAAAUAACAGCUAAUUUAGCAUUGGUAUGUGUUUCAAAUCCCACACGCAGAUGUGAACAUUGAAUUCUAGGGAUCUUUUUAUCUAAAAAAAUUUGUAUUCCAUUUAGAAGAAAAUCAGAGUCUGACAGAUAUAAAUUUACAAAGAAAACUCCUUUAUUCCUAAACUAUUUACUUGAAAUGUAAAUCCACGUGUAUAAGGUGCAUUGAUCACCACAGAGUACUUUCUUGCAUUAAUCAAUUCAUCAUUAUCUAUCUCUUAACGUUAUGUGCAGGCACCACGUGAAAAUCAAUAUCAUUUGUUAAUUUCAAAAAGUCUACAGGAACUUUUACUGCAAUCAGAAUACAGCACAAUUUAGAUUCUAAAUUUAAUUUAAUAUCCUAUUCACUAGCACAAAAAUUCAAUUUGAUACGAAGCACUGCUAAUCCAAAUAUUGUCUUAGGCACUGCUGUUAUUAGGAUUCUUCAAAAUUGCGAACAGCUUUGCAAAGUUGAAUUUUAGCGUUGAAUGUGAGUCUUAUUCGCAUAUGUUCCCUCUAAUCUUUUUACAUUCUACUCGCCGUUCUUACUUAUUUCGACCGUUUUAAACAGUUUUAUUUUUCAUCUUAUUUAUUUUACUAGCUUGUAAAGUUCUCGCAUACGUUUUAAAGAUUUUUUUUUACAUUAAAAAUUAAAUUAAAAUUGGAUAGUUUGCAAAGCGAUAUAAACGCAAUAGAACCAAGACUAAAAGGUGAAAUAAUAUGCUUUCUUUUACUAAAUAUCGCUUAUGUUUUCUAGCAGGAUGUUAUGCGGCUGGAGGCAGUUUUUUCGGUAAAAUGCCCAGUAUGCCCAGUGUCUUAACCAAACAAAGCAUUUUUGAUACAUUAUUACCUAUAGUGGGAGAGAAGUACAGUUAUUAUUGUGGAAUUUGUCUAAUUCAUUUUGCACCAUUUCUUCUGAUGAUUCUUUGUAAUUUAUUAAAUUGGUAUUAUUAUAUAAAAGCUUUGCAAAUUAGUGAGCAAACUUUAUUUACCACCGUGUUGACAACUGCUAUCAAUUAUAUAAUAACGUUCGUAUUGGGUGUUUUCGUUUACCAAGAGCCCAUAACGUCUCUGUCAAUUCUAGGGGCUAGUAUUAUAUUGCUUGGCUUGUGGUUUUUAUGCGAUGAAAGACAUGAAAAAUAAUAAUAAAAAUAAAGGAUAAAUGAAGGAUGAAUGCAUGAAUUAUGAAUUUAACAUUGGAAUCGAUUACCAACAAAGUAAUAGCAAAUUUAGAUAGAAGCAGUAUUAAUGUUUUAUAAACAAAUACCAAUAUUGAUUGUAAAUUCUCGCCGCAUACAGAGUUGAGGUUACUGUAGUUAAACGGAAUGCAAAAUUUUUAUUUUCAUAGUCAUAGAGUGGCCUGUUUUCCAAUUUCUUACCAUAUCUUGUCAUUCGAUUGUACAUAUUUAAUUAAUUAGGAACAAUAUCGAAUUGAAAAAGGCCUUUAAAUCUUGACUGCACUUUCACAUAUACAUUUAAAAAGACAUUAUAAAGAAAUAUUCGCAUCUAGCUAAACUCAUUUAUUUAACUGCUUACAGUAAGCUUGCCUCCUAUCCGGCAUGGAAAAAUAUAUGCAAGACUCGCAUCAUGUAUUUUCUAAUUUAUUGCAAACUUGUAAUAUUAAGAAUUGCCUUUUAUGUGUAGAUUUCUGCACUUUUGCGAUUUUUAUUAAAAAUUAUGAUA